CGAAACUCGUACCUGCGGCUAAGAGCAGGUCAAAUCUGUCAAGAUGUCCAUGAUCCCGAAGCACUUUGGACUGAAAACCAGAGAAGAAUCGUACAUGUUUAAAGAGCUUGAGAAGCUUCGCCAAGAGACUAAAAAGGAUUUUCUCCGAUCCAGGCAGAAGCUGGAAUCCAAGCCGAUUUUAGAUGAAGGCCCCGUUCGCCUCCUCCAGGCUCCGGGCUGGGGCCGUCCGGCGAACCAGAAGCGGGGUUCCUCCCCUCGACCCGGAGGGCUGCAAGCUCCCCCGUCGCCCAGGGGCCCCGGGGCCUCCGCGGCGGCCGUGGGGCCGGACACGCACGCCUGCGCCGCGCGCCCCGGGGGCCUGGGCCACGCAGCCGCGCCGCCGAAGCCCCGAGCGUUUCGCCCCCGGGAAUUCUACUUGCGGAGCUCGGCGUUCCGCCGCUACCCUCUCCAGAAGCCCCCGGUUAUCGCCGCCGGGGUGGGCACCUCCAAGCCCUUGGUGCUGCUGCCGCCGCCCGCGCCGCCGCUGAGGCCGAGAGCGCUCCCGGAGGCGGGGAGCCCGCGGCCCUCUGCGUCCAGGCAGGCCCUCGAGCUGGCGCGGGCCCACGAGGUCACCGAGGAGGUAGCUCCGCCCGCAGAGACGCGCAGGGCCAAAGCCAGGAAGACCAGCUCCCUUUCCAGCGAGGACAGCGACCUGGGCCCGGGCGGCCGGUGGAAGCAGUUGAUGGUCACCACCCACUUCGUGCGCCGGCUGUCGGUUGGCGAGGCUGGGGAAGCGGCUGGGUCCGUGCUCAGAACCCAGCGCCCGAGCCGCCUAACCAGCGAGGCGCAGGACGCCGCCUGGCUGUCCCUGCCGCCCCGGCGAGCGACCCCCAAGUCCUUCAAGGAGGUCCUCACCUCGCUGCAGUCCGAGGCCCAGCAGGCUUCCGACCAGAUCAUCAAAGAGCUCAUCCAGAGCAUCCUUGGCCCGAACUACGACUUUAAAACGGAAGAUAUGACUUUAAUGGGAAAAGCACAUCUCAAAACACCUCAGACGCAAGCAGAAAUACUUUACACGCAAGCAGAGCAAGGAUUAGAGAGAGUUGUUGAGGAACCUCAAAUGGGUGUGCUCAAGGAACUUCCUGAAGCUACAUCAAGCAUUUUCCAGAUGGAGCAGGGCAAUGUGUCAGAAUGGGGAGACUCAGAAGCAGAAAGCAUCGCGUUUAAAUCUCCGGAAAUUUCAGAGGUCCAGGUUGCUGAGAAAACAAGUAGACCUCUAGAAGAUGAGCAACCCACAAAAGAUUCAAAAGUAGGCAAGCAGCUGUCUUUAAAGGAGAAAUCUUCAAAAUUAUUGCAUAUCACAGGGAAAGGAGUUAAGCGAAUGCAAAAAAGUAAUUUAGGAAUUCCACCACUGAGACCAGGAAAAUCUUUAAAAUUCCUUCGGGCUCAAAACCUACCUAAAAAAAUUCCACAUGACUACUGCACCCCCCACCUUCAUGAUCUGUGCACCACCACCCCAGCUCAGGAGCUGCCUGUUGACUUGCGCCUGGCUUCUCGGCUGUAUCACACCGCUGACAAGAAAGGCCACGAUAUGCUCCGGGAAAUAUUUGGAUUUCCUUUCUUAGAUGAUCACUUUACAGAAGAAGAACAAAGAAAUAGAAUACUGUAUGGAAUUCCUGUUAUGGAUGAAAAUCAAGAAUAUGCUAGUAUUCCUUCAAUAGCACAAGGGGUAGUCUCUGAAUUGCCACAGACAGCUGGAGAGCAUGCUCAGAAACCUUAUCUGCAAGUGUUGGGAGAAGAAGUGCCUGCUUACCCAGGGAUUUCAAAGUUGUUGUGGAGCCCAGCUGCUCCUAAAUUCUCUGUUCCAGAAUCCAUCAUGAAGAAAACCCUAUAUCCAAAAUACGAGAGCGUUCAAGCAAGCCGAAUUUUAACUGUGAAAUUUUCAUCGGAAAGUAAAGAAAGUAUUAUCGUAGGUCAUAGCGAAAGCAUUUGUAGGUUUUUGUCACUAAGAAAAUCUGCAUCAUUUGGAGAUAUUAAAAAAUCUUCCAGGGUACCAUCUGUACAAUUAAAGAGAGUAAAAUCUGCUGUUGAAUUGAGGAAGGAGGAGACAGCAGUUCCAUUAGAAAUCAAGGAUGACAUGCAAAGCAAUAUAAAAGAGGUGAUGUUCCAGAAAGCUAAAGAGUGGGAGCUUCUGCUCACUAAGCAGAGUAAAGCCGAGGAAUCCAAGCCAGCAAAAGAAAGCAUAGAUGUCCUCUUAGACAACAUUCAGGAAAAACGUGCUGUGAGAGAUCUCUCUGUCUCUCUCAUUGAAGCAUCUAGAAAAGCUGGCAUCAGUUACAUUGUCUAUCCCAGGAAAACGAAGAUGAAAUUGAAGAAAAGAUUGAGAUCUGACAAACUCACAAUCGUGUAUGAAGAGUUAUCCAAGCCUCCGAAAACAAUACAAAGAUCAGCAUCUCAUGGAACACUUCCUGGACAGAAAAAAUAUUUUAUCAGACUUCCAUUGUAUGAACGUCCAAUACGAAGUCCCAGCUUGCCUCCAUGUUUAAAUUUUGAUAAUUUUGUCCAGAUUAUGGGAGGAAUUCCAGAAAAUAGUGAUCCUCGGACAUGGGCACUUGAUAUGUUCGUUAAGUAUGAACUUUGGAAAGAACCCAAAGAAGUUGUUGAAACAUCUGUUCUGAAAGACCUGCCCAAAACAAUGAGAGAAUCAAAAAAGCUAGAAUUAAGUGAUUCUCUGAAAUGUGACCUUCCACCAGGAAUUAUUGAACAUUAUGAAUCUGAAGUGCAAAUCCUGACUGAAGAAAUAAAUAGUAAGAAAACAUUUCCUGUAUUUGCAUAUUGUAGGCGUGGAGCUAUUUACAGAAAACUGGGAAAGUUAAAGAGUGCUAUGAAUGAUCUACAGAAAGUUAUAACCUUAGAACCAUUGUUUCUCAAUGCCUACUGGCACCGGCAUCUCAUUUACCUUUUCCAAGACAAAAUUAAUGAAGCAUUGGAUGACUUGAAUUAUAUAUCCAAAUAUAAUAAAAAUAAUGCAGAGGUGUAUCUGUCGAAAGCAGAAAUUUUCAGGAAGCAAAAAGAUGCUGCUCUUGCGAUUCUAAACUAUAGCCAGGCAAUUAAGUGCAGACCCACAGAUGCUGACAUCUAUUUCAGGAGGGGUGAGAUGUAUGAAAAACAAAACAGAGCGUUGGCCAUUGAUGACUUUUCUAAAUGUAUUUUUUAUGAUCCCCAAAGAAAAGAUGCAUUAUUUAAACGUGGGAUGUUUUACUAUGAAAAUGAAAACUGGAUUUUAGCCACACAGGAUUUUACAGCUUUGUUAAAUAUAGAUCACCAACAUUCCCAAGCAAGGACAUAUCGAGGGAGAGCCUAUGUUAAACAGCGCUGUUAUAAACAAGCAACUCAAGACCUUUCUGCUGCAAUUCACUUGGAUCCUAAUAGCUGGUUAGCGUUGUAUUACCGAGCUUGCUUGUUUAGAAGGAGUAACCCUUUGAGAGCGCUGCAGGAUUACAGCGUUUCAGUUCUCAUAAAUGAUGGCUAUGAGAAUCUUAGUUCUUUUCUACAUCGAGGCAUAAUCUAUACAAAUCUAAAGUUUUGGAUGCUGGCAAUUUGUGACUUCGAAACAGUUAUUUCUCUAGAAAGAACUAUUAUUUUACCUUAUAUAAAUAUUGGUCUCAUACAUUUGCUACACCUGGAUAACUAUACUGAAGCCAUUUGGCAGUUUUCUGAGGCCAUUAGAAUUGAUCCUUUAUAUAUUCAAAGCUAUAUUUGUCGAGCAGAAGCCUUUCAUAAGGUGAAUAAGUUGAAAAAGGCAGUCAAUGAAUUAUCUCGGGCUAUACACCUUCAGCCAGAUGGAAUCCAAUUAUACAUAAUAAGAGGACAGUAUCUUCUUAUGAUGAAGUGCUAUGAACUUGCAAAGUUCACUAUUUAUCAAGUAUCUGAAAUGAAUAGAGGUCUCAUUGAUUUGACUCCUAUACAGCAAGCACUCAUUUAUUCAUUUUGUGAAAAUCAUGACAAGGCCAUUCAGGUCUUAGAAGGAAUCACAUGGAAUAGACCUGAGAUGGCCACGUUUGCUCUAAUAGCAAAAGCACAUAUGAAGGCGAAAAGGACAAAGGAAGCUGUGAGGAGGUUUAAGGAGGCAGUGGAUGCUUUUUCUCUUUCUGAUCAAGGACCGAACGCUAUUUCUCUUUUAGCGGACUGUCUGUAUAACCUGGGUCUCUGUUACACAGAGGAAGGCAACAUCCAAAUGGCUUUUGAUUACUUUACAAGAGCUGUGAAAGUAAAUCCUGAUUUUGCAGAAAGCUUUUACCAGCGAGGACUUUGUAAAGUAAAACUGCACAAGGAUAACUCAAUUAUGGAUUUUAAUCGUGCGAUUACCCUCAACCCAAAACAUUACCAGGCAUAUUUAAGCCGAGUGGCCUACUAUGGUUUAAAAGGCAGGUAUUCCAAAGCAAUCUUGAACUGUAAUGAGGCUAUCAAAGUUUGUCCGAAGAAUGUACGUGCCUAUCUCUACAGAGGAGUUCUGAAAUACUACAAUAAGAGUUAUAAGCUAGCAAUUAGAGAUUUAACUACAGCUAUCAACAUGGACAAAAGAAAUUAUGUAUCAUUUUAUAACAGAGCAUUAUGUUAUACCAAGAUAGGGGAAAAUCAAACGGCAUUGACAGAUUAUGGAAUUGUCCUCCUUCUUGAUCCUGGAGAAACUAUAACGUUAAAUACCUUCAUUAAUCGUGGACGAAUCUAUGUGGAACUAGAGCAGUAUGGCUUUGCAGUAGAGGAUUUUAAGCAAGCUGUACUGAUGACACAGAAUAAUGUGAGUCUUUGUCAAGCUGCUGCCGUAUGCCACCACAGAAUUGAAGAGUUUGAAGAAGCUGUCAAUUUCUUUACCCAGGCUCUUAAAAUUAACCCACGUUUCCUAGAUGCUUACCUUGGACGGGGAAAUUCUUACAUGGAAUAUGGUCAGGAGGAACCCAACAAGCAAGCCCAGAAGGACUUUACAACAGUGUUGCAUUUUAACCCAGCAUACACAAAAGCCAGAAUUAGUUUGGGCUAUAAUUUACAGGCCCAAGGAAAAUUCCAGAAAGCUUGGAACCACUUCACCAUUGCCCUAGAAGUUGAUCCAAAGAGCUAUCUAGCAUAUGAAGGAAGAGCUGUGGUCUGUCUCCAGAUGGGUAAUAAUUUUGCUGCAAUGCAGGAUAUUAAUGUUGCCAUAAAGAUCAAUACUACAGCAGAAUACUUAACAAAUCGAGGUGUGAUUCACGAGCUGAUGGGUCAAAAACAGAAUGCAAUGAAAGACUACCAAGCAGCAAUCUCUCUAAACCCUGCGUACUCCCUGGCUUACUUCAAUGCAGGGAAUAUCUACUUUCACCACAGGCAGUUCUCCCAGGCCAGUGACUACUUUUCAAAGGCUUUAAAAUUUGAUCCAGAAAAUGAAUAUGCUCGCAUGAAUCGAGCUGUUGCACAUAUGUUACUAAAGAAAUAUGAAGAAGCAAAAGAAGAUUUUGCACGUGUAAUUGACAACUGUCCUUUGUGGGCUGCAGCAUACUUUAAUAGAGCACAUUUACACUGCUGUUUAAAGCAAUAUGAACUAGCUGAGGUGGAUCUCAGUAAAGCCCUGUCUUUGAAGCCUAAUGAUGCUCUCGUAUAUAAUCUUAGAGCAGAAGUUCGUGGUAAAAUAGGUCUGAUUGAUGAAGCUGUGGGUGACUAUAACCGUGCACUUGAUCUUGAAGAAUAUGCUUCAGUUAAAUGAUUACAUAGACCA